AUGGCUUCGUUGGAGGUGGCGAAAGUCACGGAACAGGAUGUGACCAUCCACCUUGAACACGAACGGGACACUGAGUGCGACUACGAAGCCCUCACUGCGAUUGAGGUUGACAUCCUUGUUCGUGGGAAAAUAGUCGGAAAGAUUUCUGGUACACGAAUCGAAAGAUUAGCGAUUCCAGAUGGAUGCUUUUACUCCGUGAUGGAUGAACACAGCAGCGACUUGCAGUAUGUUGCUGUGAACCUUUUCGAGCCACGGCGUGGAAGGACAAAGCUCCAUUCUCUGCGGGACGGAGGUGAUCAUCCCGAGCUCGCUAUUCUUUACAUCAGCAGGCUUGAAGUGAAUGAAGAGUAUACGGUGUUUGGAUCAUCAGAUGUGGGAGCGUAUGUUUUGCGAAAGUUGCUGCAUCAUCCAUACAUUAGAUCAAAUGGGAUGUCGCAGUUCGCUAACGAGUGGCUUACUUCUAGCUGUAUUUACAUCUUGGAUAGUAACACACCUGCGGAUAGAAGUUAUGCGAAUCAAUUUCUCCGCAAUGGUUUUCGUCAAGACAAAGUUGUAGUAGGCCAAGGCGGCGACCGUUUCCGCGUUGCCGCACGUACUAUAGCCAUCAACUUGGACUGA